AUGGCCACUGCCUCCGCGAUAGCAAUAGCAGCGGCCUACCACACAACCGUCGACCCACGACUGCAUCCAUACCCCUACGCCCACCCGGCCAUCCACGGUCUUGGCCUGCCCACGGGUACUGCAUACACGCAAUUCUCCGCGCCAGACCAGUAUGAGGCCCUCCUGGGCAGGAAGCUGGCGCCCACACCGGCCCACCUGACCUCGCGCAUCCUGUACGUGCCCAGCCACAACGACAAGGCCGCCCACCUGCCCGUGUACGACUUCACCAAGGACUUCAAGGAGACGGUGCGCGACGAGCCCAUCGGCAGCUCGCGCUUCAAGACCAGCUUCGGGCUUAUGCCUAAGCCCAACGGUGAUGGCCGUGGCUCUAGCGAGGUUAGCUACCUGGUCGACCUCGAGCCGCUGGAGCGGCGGAAGUCGCUCUCCGGCCCGGUGCCCCCGAGUACCGGAGCCACCCGCAGGAAGAGCAGCCUGGGCGCGGGCGCGGGACUGGUCACCCACGGCACCGUCAGCCGGCGCAUGCUCUACGGCGGCGCCGAGGUCGGCCUGACGAUUCCGCCUGUGCAGGUGCCUCUCGCUGAUGGUGACGUGGCGUACACCCUGACGCCGAGCUCGACGGGCGUGGGCAUCCGCGUCGUGACCAGCUUCCCCCUGCCGCCGACCGUGGGCAGGUUCGGGAGCAGCCGCAAUCCCUGGUUCACGUUCACGGUGCCGAGCCUGCUGGAGGAGGACAAGACGCUGCAGUGGCAGGUGCACCCGGCCGAGCAUGGGCUGCUGAGGUACACGCUUGUGGAGCUGGGGAGUGGCGGCAGAGGUGAGACGGACGUAGCUGGUGUGGCUAGGGACGAUGACCAAUGGUGGGAAGAGACGACGACGACGGACGAAAGCAAGGUCAAAGAUGACAUUGGAGAUGGGCAGCAACUGCCAUAUUCCGCGGCCGACGAGAAGCACGAGCACCGCAUCCGUGCGAUCUACCACAACGUUGGCCUGGGCUUCUCAUUGUCCCAGCCCUACAGUGAGGGUGCGCUGCUGCUGCAGAAGGACCUCGACCCGGAAUUGGAGGCCAUCAUCGUCGCUAGCCUGUUGGGGCUUCUGUGGAGGGCUCGUGGCGAGGACAGCAAGCCGAGGAAAGGCUCCAAGAGCGACGCCACGCCGAGAAAGGGGUCCAAGUCCGAGGGGAGCGUACUGGCCAGGAAGCAGAGUAUCAGUGUUACGAAUGUGGAAGACGAGAGCCCUCCACCGGCUCAGACCAGCCGCAGGAAGAGUUUAAUAGGGAAGAUACUGGGGAAGAAGUGA